GGUGUUAUUUUUUACGGUUCGUCUAGUCCGCAGAUCGCUAUUUGAGUCAGUUUGCAGACAUUCUGACUCAACUGCAAACGAUCUCCACACAACAGCAGGCAAUCAUCACCCGAGUGACAGCUGUGGAAGAGAAAGUGAACGGCAUGGAUGCAUUGAGGGAGAGAGUUUCCACCAUCGACACUAACCUCAGUGCCUACUCAUCAACUCUAGCUUCACACAACUCCACCGUGGAUUCACGCUUUGCUGCAGUUGACUCACGCAUUGCUGCCCUGGAGUCAAGUGCCUCCAGACAGUCGUCUAGUGCCACUACUCAACGUCUGACGGCGACUACCUCACGCAGCCGUGACUCUAUUCCCCAGUCCACUCCAUCACCACGCAGUGCAUCUUCUGCAACACCACCGAUGAUGUCAUCCAGCGCUUCCUCAGCUCAAACACCAGCUAAAGUGCCCAGACAACGGUCAGCCUCAGAUCAGACUACCUUGCCCAGAAACACAUUGUCACCAACAGCAUCAGGAUCAUCAUCAUCAGCAGCAGCAGCAGCAGCAGCAGCAGCAGCAGCAGCAGUAAUAGCUGCAUCUCCACCACGGAUGCGUGAUUACACACAGAUCCGCAAAUCAAGGUACUCAUUUGGUAGAUAUGGCAGUGGGAGAGAUCAGUUUAACUCUCCUUGGGGACUAGCAUCCAACAAAGCAGGUAACCUGAUCAUCUGUGACUACAACAACCACAGAAUAAAGAUACACGGUGUUGAUGGCCAGUUCAAGCAGACGACUGGUCGGAAGGGUACAAACUGUGGACAGUUCAAGUGCCCGCUAGCUGUGCAUGUAACAGAUGAGGAACGAGUGAUCAUUGCUGAGGCUGGCAACAACCGACUACAGAUCACUGACAAGGACUUCUCAGAGUUCAGCACCAUAGGAAGGCGUGGAUCAGGAAUUGGCAUGUUCAUUUUCCCAUGUGGUGUUGUCCAAGUGAACCACAGCGCACUGGGCCAGUGCUUUGCUGUGACAGAGUACAAUAACCAUCAGGUUCAGGUUGUGCCAUGCAGUGGUGAGACAGGAGAUGCGUUUGGAACACAAGGUAGUGGUCAAGGCCAAUUUCACAAUCCAAGUGGCAUGACAGUGUACCACAACAGGUUAUUAAUUGCAGACAAGAACAACCAUCGCAUCCAGGUGAUGACCGUCAAUGGAGAGUUUAUCACUUCGUUCGGUUCAAAGGGUAGCGCUUUUGGUCAGCUGGAGAGACCGGAAAAUGUCACUACAGAUGCCUAUGGCAAUGUUCUAGUCGUAGAUCAUGGCAAUGGACGUGUUAUGGUAUAUGCCGCAGAAACAUACACACCGCUGGCUGAGUUUGGAAAAGGAGAGCUGGACAAGCCGAUGGGUGUCUGCGUGACAAGCGAUGGACUUAACACCAAAGUCACCAAGCUGGAGUCUUUCCUGGCGUCGACUGACCCUAAGUUGCCUGGAAGCCUCAGGGAAGUUGGGGACGGUGACACCAGCGGUGCCUCCUAA